GCGCGCGCGCGGAAUGGCCGCGGCCGUUUGAAGUCGGCGGUGCCCGGCGGGGGUGUCGUGCGGGAGCAGCCGGUUUGCUGAUCCUCUGAUACAUUUCAGAAUGCCGCUGGUAAAAAGAAACAUAGACCCCAGGCAUCUGUGCCACACAGCUCUGCCCCGAGGAAUCAAAAAUGAAUUGGAAUGUGUCACCAAUAUCUCCUUGGCAAAUAUAAUCAGACAACUGAGCAGCUUAAGUAAAUAUGCUGAAGAUAUAUUUGGUGAACUUUUCAAUGAAGCACACAGUUUCUCAUUUAGAGUCAACUCCUUACAAGAACGUGUAGAUCGCUUAUCUGUCAGUGUUACACAACUUGAUCCAAAGGAAGAGGAAUUGUCACUGCAGGACAUUACCAUGAGGAAAGCUUUCCGCAGUUCCACAACUCAAGAUCAGCAGCUGUUUGACCGCAAAACUCUGCCUAUUCCUUUGCAAGAAACCUAUGACAUUUGUGAACAGCCUCCUCCUCUUAACAUUCUCACCCCUUACAGGGAUGAUGGAAAAGAAGGUUUGAAGUUUUAUACCAAUCCUUCAUACUUCUUUGACCUCUGGAAGGAAAAAAUGUUACAGGACACUGAGGACAAAAGAAAAGAAAAGAGGAAGCAGAAGCAGAAAAAUCUAGAUCGCCCUCAUGAACCAGAAAAAGUGCCAAGGGCACCUCAUGACAGACGGAGGGAGUGGCAGAAGCUAGCCCAAGGUCCAGAGCUCGCAGAAGAUGAUGCUAACCUCUUACAUAAGCACAUUGAAGUUCCUAAUGGGCCAGCCUCACAUUUUGAAUCCAGAUCUCAAGCAUAUGUGGACCAUAUGGACGGAUCAUAUUCUCUUUCUGCAUUACCCUAUAGCCAGAUGUCUGAACUUCUGAACAGAGCUGAAGAGCGAGUGUUGGUCCGACCACAUGAACCACCACCACCACCUCCAAUGCACGGUGCAGGAGAUGUGAAACCUGUGCCUCCUUGUGUUAGUUCUACUACUGGAUUGGUAGAAAACCGUCCUCAGUCACCAGCGACAGGCAGACCACCGGUGUUUGUGAGCCCCACUCCUCCUCCCCCCCCCCCCCCACCUCUUCCAUCUGCUUUGUCCACUUCAUCACUACGAGCUGCGAUGACUUCCACACCGCCUCCCCCAGUCCCACCUCCUCCCCCACCGCCCGCUGCUGCUCUGCAGGCCCCAGCCGUGCCACCUCCGCCAGCUCCUCUCCAGAUAGCUCCUGGGGUCUUACAUCCAGCUCCACCUCCAAUUGCCCCUCCCCUGGCACAGCCCUCCCCGCCUGUCACUAGAGCUGCACAAGUGUGUGAAGCGGUACCAGUCCACCCAGUUCCUCCUCAAGGUGAAGUACAGGGACUUCCUCCACCACCUCCACCUCCUCCCUUGCCACCUCCUGGUAUUCGACCCUCUUCUCCCGUCACAGUUGCAGCCCUUUCUCAUCCCACUCCUGUUCUCCACCCUCCUCCCACAACCAUUGUCCCUGGCCCUCAUGCUCCUCUUAUGCCUCCAUCUCCACCAUCACAAGUGAUUCCUGCUCCUGAACCCAAACGCCACCCUUCAACUCUUCCUGUAAUCAGUGAUGCUAGAAGUGUGCUGCUGGAAGCAAUACGGAAAGGUAUUCAGCUGCGUAAAGUUGAAGAGCAACGCGAACAAGAAGCGAAACAUGAGCGCAUUGAGAACGAUGUUGCUACCAUACUUUCUCGUCGCAUUGCUGUAGAGUACAGUGAUUCGGAAGAUGAUUCAGAAUUUGAUGAAGUGGAUUGGUUAGAGUAAAAUUAAUACAUUGCUGUACGCUACAAAAUCGAAUGCUAAUGUCCAUUGUGGUGCUUGUUCUUUGAAAGUUUGAUGGUCAUUUCUAGUGUUUUUUGUAUUCUUUUCUUUACACGAUUAAUCCAUGUUUUUCUACUUUUCAGUUUACAAGCAUUUCCUAGUGCAUCUUUUGAAACUAAAUGUUUUACAGUGGCUUUUCUUACACAUCUCUUUCUUUGGAAGAACAUACUUUGUUCCAAUAGACCACUAAGUAUUAAGCAUGGGCAGCUGUUGGUAGAGUAGCAGUUUCAAUUUUUUGGCAUAUCUUAACUGUGCACUUUGUGAAUUUUAAGUUAAUGAAGGCAACUGAGAUUGACAUUCCGAGGGCAGCUGUAUGUACUAAUGAGCCUUAUUCCACUUCUGUAAUGUUUUAAAAACAUUAAACCUAGCUAUUGAGAUAUCACUGCCUCAGUUACAUCUGUACAAUAGAAGUACAUAUAGUUAGCAGCACUGAACACACUGAAAGGAAAAUUGAUCUUUUGGGGUUUUAUUAUUGUUUUAUUGUUGUUUUUAAAUAAUUAUGGCCUUAUUUGAAUGUUUAGAGAUUCCCUUUCCCUUCUUCCCUCCCAGGUACAUAUUGUGUGGUACUAUUUUUGCCUGCAUAAUACAAGUUUAAUUUUUUUCUUCGUGAAAUCUUCUGACUUAAACAUGCUGUGUAACUUAUGUAACUGUUAAAAUAACAGUUUGAUUUAA